GCCCGAGGUGGAAAAAUGUACGGCGAGUACUUGCAACUUGACAAGUUGUUGACAUGCCAAACCCCUCUGUCGCAGGUGCACGAGGAGCACUUGUUCAUCAUCACACACCAAGCUCAUGAACUAUGGUUCAAGCAGAUCAUCUACGAAAUCGAUCAUGUUCGAGCGACGUUCAACAGCGAAGUGGUGGACGAUACAAAAAUGCUGGACAUUCUCAAAAUGAUGAACCGUGUGGUGCAAAUUUUAAAACUACUGGUGGAUCACGUCCUCGUUCUGGAGACAAUGACCCCUUUGGACUUCAACGAGUUUCGUGAUUUUUUGCGCCCUGGCUCAGGAUUCCAGAGUCUCCAGUUCAGACUCAUGGAAAACAAGAUCGGUGUGAAAUCGGGUCCGAAAUACAGUGCGAACCCGGAGAGGUUCAACAAUGCCUUCAAAGAGGAUAAGGCUCAUGCAUCCUUGGGUGCCCUGGACAUGCUGGACAAAAGUGAGCAGGAACCUUCCUUGUGUGACCUGGUUCAGCGGUGGCUUGAACGCACCCCGGGCUUGGAGGACUACUCACCUGAUAGCUCCAAUCCUGGGUUCAAUUUCUGGAACAAAUUCCAGGCCGUCAUCAAAGCCAUGUUGGCGAAACUGGCCAAGGAUGCCCAGGAUGAAUCGUUGACAGACUCGCAAAGAGAGCAGUUGAAAGAAGAACUCCGAGCGUCUUCUGAGCGAUUCGAGUCCAUUUUCAACGUGGACAUUCACAAUGGUCUUGUGAAGCGCGGCGAGCGUCGGUUCUCGCAUCGUGCCCUUCAAGGCGCUUUGAUGAUCUCGUUCUACAGGGAUGAACCCCGGUUCAACAUGCCCUAUCAACUACUGAACCUGUUGAUGGACGUCGACAGUCUUAUCACGAAAUGGCGAUACAAUCACAUGAUGCUGGUGAAACGCACGAUCGGCAUCCAACAGAUGGGCACUGGCGGAUCUUCUGGGUACCAGUACUUGAGGUCGACGCUGGGUGACCGAUACAAGAUUUUCGGCGACCUCUUCAACCUGUCGAGCUUCCUGAUCCCGAGGAGCGCCAUUCCGCCACUCACUGCCCGCAUGAAGAAGAAUUUGUCAAUUUCUUGGAGUCUAUCUGGCCCGUUGCAAACAUCCUCGUCGACCCGAAACAGCAGUAGCACAAGCGAGGAGCUCGAGCCCGAACAUUAAUCCAGACCUAACACUUCACGAGAAUCCAGCUUCUUCACGCAAAAAUUAUUACCCCUUAUUCAAUGCAAUAUCCAGUACACUCGCCGUUUUCCAGCGACUGCCUAAAAACUUUUUCCAUUCAAAAAAAUAUUGGAUUUUCCUCUGCUUAUUUUGAACCCCCCUAUGUGUGUUGUAUGUGUUCUUGGGACAUUUUCUGUGAGUGCAAAGUUGCAUCAAUUACUUGUUUUCCAAAAAAUAGCGAAAUUUUGCUCUAUUUUAUUCAAAUAGCCGCUUGCGUGUAACGGCCCUUUCGAUGGAUCAUAUAUUUUUUGUUUGUUUUUGCUUUCGCGAAUUUGCGAUUGCAAUGGAUCCUUUUAAUAGACAGAGUUUUGUACACACAAUAUUAGCUAACUUCUGCUUUUCGGGCGAGAUAUAUUUUUUUUUUUACGCGAACUAAAUCAGUGCCUGCAAAUAUGAUGAUGGGUUUGAAGGCAGGCUGAGUUGACGCGAAAAUUAUUUUCUACCCGAUAUGAAUAUGAAUGCAAUAAAAAGUGACGUAUUUACGCCGUGAAAUGAACCCUCGAUGAACCUGAAUUUUAAAAGUCUUGUGUGAGAAUCUACUUGCGUUGCUGGCUUCAUAUGCAAACCCUAGUACGGCUGUCUCAUCUUCUAUCUGCAUAAUUUAUGUGGUGGAUUCAUUUUGGAAGAACCGUUUUAUUUUUUCGACGUGAGAAAUACUAACACACUGCGAGUGGGAAGGAAGUUGAUGUUCUGCGCGGUUACAUCAUCAUCAUCGUUCCCUAUUUUACCCGAGAGAAGAGUUCGUAAUAUUUGUGCGGAAAUACAUUCCCCGUUCUGCAACAUA